CCGACAUCUGACAUAAUCACGCCUGUACCUAACUAGUACGCAGCGAGGGUGCUGCUGCUGCGACGGUGUUCCAACACUGGAAACGGAAGUGUCAAGUGCCAACCUGGCUGGAGAGCUCCAGAACCCGUCAUCACUGCAACACCCACCUCCGAGACAAUCUAUCCACCGUCGUGACGCAGCGGCUGUUCUGAUUGCAUCGCACCGGGCACGACGACGGACCACGACUGGGCGUCCCGUACCAUCCCAGAGCUGUCCGGGAAGCGCCUCGCGCCCUUCCUCCCUUGCUGCGCCGGCCAAGUCGCUGCGCGCGCCAUCAGGAGUCAGGAACUCAAGCGCCCAACUGACCGACUGACCCGCGCAAGCAGCACCCCGACCCGACGGCUCGCGAAGAUGUGCACGAGAGGACGACCCGAGAUCCUCAUACCAUGAUACCGGCCAAGAGCAAUGGCGAGCCGGCGGGGCACGACGAGGGGCGCGGCCUGCUGGCAGGCGGCCAUGAGGAGGAGGACGACGACUUGGGCACACACGUGGUGGGCACCGAGGGCGAGGGCAUCAACGACAAGCCCGUGGCCGGGCUCCAGGCGUCGCCGCGGACGGCCCACCGCGUGCAAUUCGACCUCACGCCCGAGGUGAUUGGCGUGAGCAACGGGUCGGCAGGCAGCGGCGGCAGGACGUCGUACUCGUCUGACGAGGCGAGCCGGAGCUUCGACCUGGACGUCGCCGAGGGUGGGCGCGGGGAACGCCACCAUCACCGCGUGCCCCUGCUGACGGAUAUGGAGGCGCCGAGCGUGGCCGUGGCGAAUGCGUGGGGCGACGACGACGACGACGACGACGACGCUGCCGCGGACGAGCUGCACGCCGAGAUGCGGCGGCCCAAGUCGGGCCUCAAGUCGGCCUUUAUGAACAUGGCCAACUCCAUCAUCGGUGCCGGCAUCAUCGGCCAGCCGUACGCGAUCCGGCAGGCCGGUCUCCUGGCGGGCAUACUGCUGCUCGUGGGGCUGACCAUCGUCGUCGACUGGACCAUCUGCCUCAUCGUCAUCAACAGCAAGCUCAGCGGCACCAGCAGCUUCCAGGGCACCGUGGAGCACUGCUUCGGGCGCGCAGGGCUCAUCGCCAUCAGCCUCGCGCAGUGGAUAUUUGCCUUUGGCGGCAUGGUGGCCUUUGGCGUCAUCGUUGGCGACACCAUCCCGCACGUGCUGCUGGCCAUCUGGCCCGAUCUGGCACAGGUGCCCGUCAUCGGGCUGCUGACCGACAGGAGGGUGGCCAUUGCCGUCUUCGUCAUGGGCGUCAGCUACCCGCUGACACUGUAUCGGGAUAUUGCCAAGCUGGCCAAGGCGAGCACGUUUGCGCUUAUCGGCAUGAUGGUGAUCGUGUCGACGGUUUUGAUACAGGGGGCCUUUGUCCCGUCGGAGACGCGGGGGUCGUUCAGCGUGCCCCUGUUGACUAUAAACGGGGGCAUAUUCCAGGCCAUUGGCGUUAUAUCCUUUGCCUUUGUGUGCCAUCACAACUCGCUGCUCAUCUACGGGUCUCUCCGGACGCCGACAAUCGACAACUUCUCGCGGGUCACGCAUUACUCGACGGGCGUGUCCAUGCUGGCGUGCCUCGUCAUGGCGCUCGCGGGGUUCCUGACGUUUGGCGACAAGACGCUGGGCAAUGUGCUCAACAACUUUCCCUCGGACAACAGCAUGGUCAACGUGGCGCGCCUCUUCUUCGGGCUCAACAUGCUGACGACGCUGCCGCUCGAGGCGUUUGUGUGCCGCGAGGUGAUGCUGACGUACUGGUACCCGGACGAGCCGUUCAACCUGCGGCGGCACCUCAUCUUCAGCACGGCGCUGGUGGCGGGCGCGACGGGUAUCAGCCUGCUGACGUGCGACCUGGGCGUCGUCUUUGAGCUGGUGGGCGCGACGAGCGCCGUGGCCAUGGCGUACAUCCUGCCGCCCAUGUGCUACAUCAAGCUCACGACGAGGAGCUGGCGCACGUACAUGGCGUACGCCGUGGUGGUGUUUGGCGUUGCCGUCAUGGUCAUCAGCGUGAUACAGGCGGUUGGCAAGAUGAUAAACGGCUCCGAAGGUCCUGCGGCGUGUACAUGAUGGACGUCAUUGUGGGCUACGGAGACACAUUCGAGUCAGCGUGUACGAUAUGGAUGGAACGGAGGACUGUAUAUGUAGAACCAGGCAGGGCAUGGCAUACCGGGACGAGCAAAGGGGGGUGUCGUGUCAAGACGCCCGUGAUUAUAGUGCACUUGGUGUUUGCGAACAGCAUGGGGCCGGCAGGAGGAGGAGCAGGAGGAGGAGGAGCGGCAGCAGAACCGCCAGCAGCAGCAGCAUAAGGGCCUCCCACCCGCUUUGAAUAGGGACAGCAUAGUACCAGGCAUGGGCGUCUUGCUUGGGCCCAGAUAGAAUUCGACGAUACAUGCAUCGAACAUUAUGGCCGGGACGGCACCAGCGGAUCCGUCGCGCGCGCGCGCACCGGGCCGAUGCGAUGGCGGGAGAGGGGAGAAGGUGCCGUUGUGCGCCUCGGCCGCAGCAGAUCCCACAGUCCGACGCCGCCGCUGCGUCAUGAAAGAGACAGGUAAGGCCAGCCGGGUCCAAUUGAGAACCCGAGUUAGGUAGCCUAUCAAGUAAGAGUCACCUGAGCUCGGCG